AUGUCAAGUCCAAUGGGUAACCAAGCUUUAUUUAGCAAGCAGAUUCCAGCUGUUCAUUGCUUGUUCAAUUCCAAUAUUGAUUUUGUAGUUAAAGUGUUGCAGAAAACUUUUCUCUUCUUUCUCCAUACUUCACAAACAUUUAAACAUGUAAACUCGUUCAAACAGCGAUUUAAGGGUAGUUUAAACUUCAAAGUUCAAAUUCCGUGCUUGAAUACUCUUUAA